CUAUGGGAAAAGCACCAGCUAUUGGAAUCGACUUGGGAACUACCUACUCUUGCGUAGGGGUUUUCCAAAACGGCAAAGUGGAGAUUAUCGCCAACGAUCAAGGUAACAGAACAACUCCGAGUUACGUUGGCUUCACCGACACCGAGCGAUUAGUCGGCGAUGCAGCGAAAAACCAAGUGGCUUUGAAUCCAGAGAACACAAUCUUCGACGCCAAGAGGCUGAUAGGCCGCCGAUAUGACGAUGCUACUGUGCAGUCUGACAUGAAACUGUGGCCAUUCAAGAUUAUCAGUGACAACAACAAACCGAAGAUCCAAGUGGAGUACAAGGGCGAGCGCAAGACUUUUGCUGCCGAAGAAAUCAGCUCCAUGGUACUGGGCAAGAUGAAGGAAACAGCCGAAGCCUACCUCGGACAAAAAGUCACCAGCGCAGUGAUUACAGUCCCUGCAUACUUUAACGACUCCCAGAGGCAAGCAACGAAAGAUGCAGGGACCAUUGCCGGACUGAACGUGUUGAGAGUAAUUAAUGAGCCGACUGCCGCAGCUCUGGCUUAUGGCUUGGAUAAGAGCCUGUCUGGGGAAAAGAAUGUGCUUAUAUUUGAUCUGGGAGGCGGCACUUUUGAUGUGUCCAUUCUCACUAUUGACGAUGGCUCACUGUUUGAGGUGAAAUCAACUGCAGGAGACACUCAUCUUGGUGGAGAGGACUUUGACAACCGGCUGGUAAACCAUUUUGUUGCAGAAUUCAAGAGAAAAUACAAGAAAGACAUGAGCAAGAACUCCCGUGCCAUGAGAAGAUUGAGAACUGCCUGUGAGCGAGCCAAGAGGACCCUGUCAUCCAGCACUGAAGCAAGUAUCGAAGUGGACUCUCUUUUCGAGGGAAUUGAUUUCUACACGAAAAUCAGCCGAGCAAGGUUUGAGGACUUGUGUUCUGACCUAUUUUUGUCCUGCUUGGAUCCCGUCAACAAAGCUCUGAGUGAUGCUAAGUUCAGUAAGAGUGACAUCCAUGAGGUGGUCCUGGUUGGUGGAUCUACUCGUGUACCUAAGAUCCAGAAGAUGCUUGAGGAAUACUUUAGUGGCAAGUCACUGAACAAGUCCAUCAACCCUGAUGAGGCUGUGGCUUAUGGUGCAGCAGUUCAGGCAGCCAUCCUGUCAGGAGACAAGAGUGACGAAGUCAAGGAUGUGCUUCUGGUAGAUGUGGCUCCACUCUCACUUGGCAUUGAGACAGCAGGAGAGGUGAUGACAAAACUUAUUGAAAGAAAUGCUCGCAUCCCAACCAAAGCCACACAGACCUUCACAACGUAUUCCGACAACCAGCCUGCAGUGACCAUCAGAGUGUUUGAAGGGGAAAGACCACUUACCAAGCACAACAACCUGCUAGGGAAAUUCGACUUGUCUGGGAUCCCACCAGCCCCAAGAGGAGUGCCACAGAUUGAGGUGACAUUUGAUAUUGAUGCCAACGGCAUACUGAAUGUGUCUGCCAAAGAUAAGAGCACAGGGAAGACAGGCUCGAUCACCAUCACCAACGACAAGGGCCGCUUGAGCAAAGAGGAGAUUGACAGAAUGAUUAAUGACGCCGAAAAAUACAAAAGCGAAGAUGAAGCACAGAGGGAAAAAAUUGCUGCAAGGAACCGUCUUGAGAGCUAUGCAUUUGGCGUAAAGAGUGCAAUCUCUGAACCAUCUCUUGAGGGCAAGCUGAGUCAAAGUGACAAGGAUACUGUGAAAAACAAAGUGGAAGAAGUUCUGAAUUGGCUUGAAAAGAACUCUCUGGCAGAGAAGGAGGAGUUUGAAGAACAGGAGAAAGAACUGCAGAGAGUGUGCUCGCCCAUCAUGGCCAAGGUGCAUGGCGGCAGUGGCGGCACGCAGAUGCCUGGCCAGACGGCAGGCCAUGGACAGUCUGCAGGGGGUCCCACGAUUGAAGAGGUAGAUUAAGAUGAUGAGAGACUGGUACUAAUGGACAUUCGAAUUGUGAUAUCAGUUUAUGUCUUAAAAUUUUAGAUAAAAUUAUGAGGGAUUGUUUAGCCCUUUUAUUGUUGUGAAAUGUUCAAAUUUGUUAAAAGAAUAGAAUAUAUAUGUGCAUAAAAUAUAUUUGUAUUUGGCAGCUGUAAGGUUCACCUUAGAUCUUGUUAGGAACAGGGCAAUUAUUUGUGUAUUCUCAUGAGAAGUUGUAUGUCUAUGUAGUAUACCGAAAAUAUUGAGGAUUUCUUGUAGUUCAUUUUUGAUUUGAUAAUAAACAAUGAUAUAUCUAUUAAA